AUGAUCACCACAGUGAGAAAGCAUCUUGUGGACUUCUGCGGCGAGCGCAUCUCUGUAGAGAUAGACAAGGAUGGGUCCAAGUACACUAAGUUUGCGCUUUUGUCAGAGCCGUGCCCACAGGAAUGUGCUCCUCCGCAGUUGUUCACCCGAGAGAACUUGAUCGUGCUGGACUCGGUCCACUCUGGGACAGGUAGGACCUCGGGGAACGAUAUCACUGUAAAUGUCAUAGAACCCGUGCUGCGCCGGCUGCACGCCAGGUACCAGGUGGUUAAGUCGCAGAACAGCAAGUCUGUAGCUGAGUUUGGCAAUCAGCUGGAUCCAACGCAAUCGUACACCAUCCUCUUUGUCUCAGGGGACACAAGCGUAUCGGAGUUUUUCAACGGGGUUGGGGCGGGGGUCCCAUCCCCCAGAUCGUCACUUACCAUCCUACCCAUCGCUAUGGGGACGGGCAACGCCCUGGCGAAUAGCCUGAACCUCAACUGUCCAGUGGAAGCGUUUGCUAGUUUUCUGAGGGGUGAGCUGGUCACGGCAGAGUUCCCCCUGUACAGAGCAAUCCUCCCAGAUGGAGAGACCUCCGUCGUCUUCUUCAUAGUCCUGUCGCUAGGGUUCCACGCAAAUCUUCUCCAUGCCGCGGAGAACGAGAAGUACAAGUCCAUGGGCGUGGAAAGAUUCCAAGAAGCCUCGGGGGACAUCCUACAGAACUACAAACUGCAGGAACAGAUCACACUGGAUAAGCAGGGAGUCGCUGGAUCCUACGCUUACUUCGCGCUCGUCAACGUACCCAACCUCGAGGCGAGUUACAUCCCAUCCCCUCAAUCAGACCCCUUCAAGCACGAACUGCACUUGCUGGCCUACUCAUCGAGCCUCAAUCGUAAACAACUACUGGAGAGAAUCAUGGCAGGGUAUAAGAACCGUCGCGGCGAUGAGUUGACCGCGGAUCCUUACACUACGUACAAGCGAAUCUCAGAGGGGUUCGAAAUCAAGUUGCAGAAUAAACAAGAAGGCCCAAACGAUCCUGCUUUUGAACUGUGCCUUGAUGGCCAGCUAUAUAAUCUGCUACAGUAUAAGUCAGACCAACAUCAAGAGGAGUUGACCAUACAAGUCGAGCUUAUUGACUCAGCUUUGGGCUCUUUUGAUAUAUUGGUCAUGGGAAAGCACUGA